CCCUUCCAAACCCCUACUUCAAUGUGCUUCGAUUCUCUCAUAUAGAGCUGUUUUUGGUUCUUUGGGCUUUGGGUUGUUUUUGUUGUUUCAGUGUUGCAGUUCCAAUGGGGUUCGAAAGGUAUCUUGCUAGUGUGUUGAUAAUGAUAAUGCUGUCUUUUAUCACUUCAGCACAGGGUUAUAAGUUCUAUGUUGGUGGUAGAGAUGGUUGGGUUGUUAGUCCUUCUGAGAACUACAAUCAUUGGGCUGAAAGGAAUAGAUUCCAAGUCAAUGAUACUCUCUUUUUCAAGUACAAGAAAGGGUCAGACUCGGUGCUGUUGGUAACAAGAGAAGAUUACUUCUCAUGCAACACCAAUAACCCAAUUCAGUCUUUAACAGAAGGUGAUUCACUCUUUACAUUUGAUCGGUCGGGUCCCUUCUUUUUCAUCACCGGUAACACUGAUAAUUGCAAGAAAGGGCAAAAGCUCAUCGUCGUGGUCAUGGCUGUAAGACACAAACCCCAGCAACAACCUCCUUCACCUUCUCCCUCAUCUGCUGUGACAACAGCGCCGGUUUCUCCACCAACAUUACCCAUUCCUGAGACUAACCCUCCUGUAGAGUCACCAAAGAGCAGUGAGGCUCCAUCUGAUGCUGUGGAACCAUCUCCGCCGGAGCACAGAUCGGGUUCAUUCAAACUAGUAUGUUCUACCUGGCUGGUGUUCGGUUUCGGCAUUUGGGUCAGCAUGGCCUUGGGGCUCGAAAAUGUAGUUUGUUUUUGGUGCUGAAUUAUUAAGGGGUUUGGUUAAAUGGAAGAAACAAAAGUAGAAGGGAAUCAGCUCAGCUUGUUAUAUUAUUUUGUUCUUUAUUGUUUUUCAUAAUUUCUUUCGUCAUUAAUAUAUAUAUAUAUAUAUAUAUAUAUAUAUAGUGUGUGUGUGUGUGUGCCUUGCUUUCAUCUUUAUUGUUGAUUAUUAUUACUAAUUACUAUAAUAAGCUGUGGAAGCUUGCUUCGAUA